AUGGCAUGCGGCGGGUGCAGCUGCGAGGCGGCGGUGGGGGCGACGGCGUCGGAGGCGUACCUGGAGGGGGAGCCGGUGCGGGAGGCGCGCGAGCUAGUGGCGGAGCUCUGUCGGCACUUCUACGCGCAGGGAUGGGUCACGGGCACCGGCGGCAGCAUCACCGUCAAGGUCAACGACCCCGCCAUGCCGCUCGCCGACCGCCUCAUCGUCAUGUCACCCUCCGGUGUGCAGAAGGAGAGGAUGGUAGCAGAGGACAUGUAUGUGAUGGCUGCAGAUGGAAAAGUGCUUUCUGCGCCAGUAGCAAAGCCAUGGCCAAACAAGCCUCCAAAGUGUACGGACUGUGCUCCUCUGUUCAUGAAGGCGUAUCUGAUGAGAGGAGCUGGGGCUGUCAUUCACAGCCAUGGAAUAGAGACUUGCAUUGCAACAAUGCUCAACCCUGGUGCAAAGGAGUUCAGGGUGACCCACAUGGAAAUGAUCAAAGGAAUCAAAGGUCAUGGCUACCGUGAUGAAUUGGUCAUUCCUAUUAUUGAGAAUACUCCUUAUGAGUAUGAGCUCACUGACUCCCUAAGUGAGGCGAUUGCAGCAUACCCAAAGGCAACUGCUGUGCUUGUAAGGAACCACGGAAUAUAUGUAUGGGGUGACUCUUGGAUCAAUGCCAAGACACAGGCUGAAUGCUAUCAUUAUCUUUUAGAUGCUUGCAUCAAGCUCUAUCAGCUAGGUAUUGAUUGGACAACUCCUGAGCAUGGUCCAAUAAACAAUGCAAAGAGACAGCGCAGCAUUUUAAGCUCUGAAAUUCCUAAUGGAUGUCAUGCUGCUGAUUCAUCAAAGUGUGUUGUACUAGACAUUGAGGGGACAACCACUCCAAUAUCAUUCGUGACUGAUGUUAUGUUCCCUUAUGCCCGUGAUAAUGUACGAAAACAUCUGACUUCUACGUUUGAUUCUGAAGAAACUAAAGAUGACAUCAAACUAUUGCGCAUCCAAAUUGAAGAUGAUUUACGAAAUGGAAUUUCUGGGGCUGUUCCAGUUCCACCCGAUGAGGCUGGCAAAGAAGAGGUUAUCAAUUCAUUGGUUGCCAAUGUUGAAUCGAUGAUUAAAGCAGACCGGAAGAUCACACCAUUGAAACAACUUCAGGGUCAUAUUUGGAGGACUGGAUUUGAAAAGAAAGAGCUACAGGGAGUUGUCUUUGAGGAUGUUCCUGUGGCGCUAAAGAACUGGCAUGCUAGUGGCAUAAAGGUCUACAUAUACUCAAGUGGAAGUAGAGAAGCACAAAGGCUUCUAUUUGGCAAUACAACAUAUGGUGACCUGCGAAAGUUCCUGUGUGGGUAUUUUGAUACCACCACUGGAAACAAAAGAGAAACAAGGAGUUAUUUUGAGAUCUCUCAAUCACUCGGGGUGGACAGUCCAUCUCAAAUCUUAUUUAUCACCGAUGUCUUCCAAGAAGCUGUUGCAGCAAAAAACGCUGGUUUUGAGGUGAUAAUCUCCAUUCGCCCAGGAAAUGCUCCACUUCCUGACAAUCAUGGUUUCCGCACUAUCAAAUCAUUCAGCGAGAUCUGA